AUGGGCGGUGGGGCGAGCAAGGCGAAGAAGCAAGCCACCGCGUCGGAGGUGGUGCCCGAGGCUUCCGCGGCGGCGGCCAAUGCCGGCACGAGCUCCAAGAUUGAGGAGCUCACCGCCCAGGCCAAGGUGGCGGCCGAGGCCAACCCCGACAACCUGUGCGCAAAGACGCUGCUCGAGGCCGAGGUGCAGACGUGGAUGGCCACGCUGCCCGCGGCCAAGCUCGACGAGCUCGCGCUGUGCGCAAAGUCGGGCCUCGACAACCACGACUCGGGCCUCGGCUGCUACGCCGUCGACCCAGCCAACUACGAUGAGCUCGCGCCCUUCUUUGACCGCGUCUGCGAGGGCUACCACCACGGCGGCGGCAAGGUGCACACCACCAACUGGUCGCUCGACGGCGUCGAGGGCCUCCCGGAGGACGGCCAGCUCGACCUGCAAAAGCUCGGGCUGGGCAAGGAGCUCUCGAUGCGCGUGCGCGUCGGGCGCAACCUGACCGCCUUCCCACUGCCGGGCCUGAUGACCAAGGCCGACCGCGUCAACUUCGAGAAGACGAUGCUCAAGGCCUUCGACGUGCUCAAGGCCAACCCCGACUAUGGCGGCAACGUCUUCAGCAUGACGCCCAACGACGUGUGGAGCGAGGUGACGGGCGAGGCGGAGAACCCGAACCUCAUCUCGGCGGACAAGUACCAGGAGCUGGUCGAUGCGCACGUCAUGUUCAAGGACAUGGCCGCCGACCCAUACCUCGCCUCCGCCGGCAUCGCGUCGGACUGGCCGUGCGGGCGGGGCUGCUACCAGUCGGCCGACGGCGGGUUCAUCAUCUGGUUCGGCGAGGAGGACCAGCUGCGCAUCAUGUGCAUGGCCAAGGGCUUCGUGCUCAACGCCGUCUUCGACCGGCUGCACACCGCGCUCCAGGCCGUCGAGGCGAUCGACGGCAUCGCCUUCGCCACGUCGACCAAGUACGGCUACGUGACGUCGUGCCCGUCCAACCUGGGCACGGGGAUGCGCGCCUCGGUGCACGUGGCGGUGCCCAACCUGACCUCGGACGGCACCGACGCCAAGGCCAAGGCGGCGGCCAAGCCACUCGGCCUGUCGGUGCGCGGCAUGGGAGGCGAGCACACGCCGAUCGGCAAGGACGGCACGAUCGACCUGUCGCCGAGCAGCCGUCUCUUCAUCACCGAGGCGGAGAUCGUGACCAAGCUGUACAACGGCAUCAAGCUGCUGCUGGAGAAGGAGGCGGAGGCUCAAGAGUAG